AUGAAGCAUGGAGGGGAAUGUCGUACCAGACAAGGAACACCCUCUCGCGGGGGUGAUUCUUUGCUGUACGUCGAUAUUGCCAGAGUACCGGGUAGUAUCCUGAUCUCCAACCUCGAAGAGAUAGCGGCGGUGGCCACCCAAAUGGGAGCUGUCCAUAAAUUCGACCUCACCUCAGAUGUCACGCACUUGAUCGUCGGAGAGCUUAAUACACCGAAAUAUAGAUAUGUGGCCAAGGAGCGGACUGAUAUAAAGGUCUUAAAAGCAGAAUGGGUAGAAGCUGUUCGGUCAUCCUGGGUGCUCGGGGGCGAUACCAACCUUCAGCAGCUGGAAGAGCAAUAUCGAUUUCCCACAUUUGCUGGCUUAUCCAUAUGCCUUACCGGAUUUGACGACAUGAAUCACAGAAACUCCCUACAAAAGUUGAUCACCGAGAAUGGAGCGGAAUUUCGGAGGGAUCUUACAAAGAGUGUUACACAUCUGAUUGCGCGAUCCGGAUACGGCCAAAAAUAUAAAUAUGCAACCCUAUGGAAAAUAACAGUUGUGAGCCUGAAAUGGCUUCAAGACAGCCUUGAGCGGGGGAUGGCUCUUGAUGAGAGCCUCUACGACCCUUUGCUCCCGGACGAGGAGCAGGGCAUUGGCGCAUGGAAUAGAUCCGCUCCAGUGGUUACAGUGAAACCCAAGGCGGUCACAACCAAUCCUCAACGGACUCGGAAAAUUCGGAGGGUUGCAAGCAUGAAAUUAGGAGGCCAGAAUGAAGAUAUCUGGACAGAUAUUGUAGGAGAUGCUACAAAAGCGUCAGGAUCGACCAUUAACUUAAAAACCGAACCGAGUGCCCAAAUGGCUGAUACUCCAGCUGCGAUCCAAGAACCAAAGUCUUUCGCUAGUGAGACGACCAUAACUGAGAGAACUCACCCUGCCACGACCGAGAUACCCAUGCAAAAGUCGCAGGAGCUUGAUAUAACUCGCCGUGGAUUCUGGUUUGGUGCUAGAUUUUUUAUAAAAGGGUUCUCUUCAAGUCAAACUCGAAUUUUAGAGACUCACCUGCUCUCUCGCGAUGCACAAAUCGUUUCGUCCUUGAGUGCUCUUUCAAGUGUGGUCCCAAUGAAUGGUCACGCAACGUACAUACUCGUGCCGCAUAAUUUACCACGCUCCGAAAUUCCGUCCAUUGAUGACUUAGUCAUAGAACCGGAAAUUGUAACGGACUUAUGGAUCGAGAAGUGUUUGCACAAUAAUGCCCUCGUUCCUCCUGAGGCACAUAUUACAAGUACUCCUUUUCCCAAAUUCCCAAUACCAGCGUUCCAGGGACUGAGAGUUUGCUCGACUGGGUUUUCAGGCAUUGACCUUUUACAUCUUUCAAAGCUUGUCAAAGUGAUGGGGGCCACUUACGAUGAGUUUCUUACACCUAAAGCAUCAGUUCUCAUUUGCAACAACGGGAACCCGAACCAAGAAAAACUACGACACAUCGCAGAAUGGAAUAUCCCAGCUGUCAUUGCGGAUUGGCUAUGGAUUUCAGUUCAGACUGGGGAGAGAAAACCUUUCACCCCAUAUAUAAUAGAGCAUAGACCACCUCAGAACACUAGAGCUUCAGCCCAACUUAUUCAACUUGACACAGUAAAGCGAGACGAACUCAAGAAGCGCAAGGCUCCAUUAGAAAAUGAGUUACCAGCAGACCCUAACCCAGGCAUCUCAGAACAACUUACUAUUUCCACCCGCCUAAAAGAAGAAGGGAAAAAAUCCCCAGUAUCGCAAGAACCAAGUGUCCCACCCGGCGCCCUGCAAGAGCUCUCAUCAGAUUCGCCACGUAAAGCAGCUAGCCGCUCUCCCUCCCCUUCGAAGCGCAACGAAACACCUGUCCCCACCGUCCCCAUCUCAUCCGCCCGAUCAAAGCACCCAUCAGCAGAAGUAUCUAAUAUUAAGGAUGGUAAAGUUAAUAAUAGCAAUAACAACCUUGAUCCCAAAACAACCCUUGACAUCGCCCUCAACGAAUUCCUAAGACAAAAGCGUCGGGCAGCUUCUUCCAAACCAUCCAGCCUAGAGGAUAGAGAUGGUGGUGGUGGCACUGUACAACGCCAGCAGCGCAAGCGCAGAAAGCAGCUACUCGGCCGCGCCAAUUCACACUCUUCAAUUUCUCUAGGCGCGGCCGUGCCAGGCGACACCCGCAUUUCCCGAGCUAGCUCCAUCGACACCAUGAACGAAGAUGGCCACGGCAGCGUCGUUGAGGGGCUCGGCUUCGACAGCCCAGCGACUCCGAAGGCCGACAGAAACGCUCCCAGUUUCUCCUCUUCUCUCUUCGCGAACAAGGCGGAUAAAACAGAAGCACUGCAGUUGUUAGAAUCUCGGUUGGAAAUGUUCCGUACGACUGCAGAUUUCCCGCAUGGCGGUAUUGGUGACCAAGAUGGCUCGGGAUUCCCGGACGAUGACGGCACGCCUGCCAUGACUCAGUUGGGUUAUGAAAUUCCCGACGCAGCGGCUAUGAGGGCUAAGAUUGACAGUGGGGCGGCUGGGAUGACUGAUGUGAAAAAUGGGACUCCAGCGGAUACCGCAGCCGCUACAGCCACGGCGAAGCACCGUGAGCUAAUCGCGAAGAGUUUGGUGCCUAAGAACGAGGCGCUGGAUGGGUGGGGAGCUAGAAGGAGCACUAGAAAGUCGGGGAAAGGGGUGACAUAUGAAGGAUUAUGAUACCGAGUUUCGAUUUUAUUUUAUUUUCGCUGUUCCCUCCCCUUCCUUCCUUUCCGCCCCCUUCCCCUCGGUUACCUUUUAUUUCAUCUAUGUAUAUACCAAUAUACUUCACAAAUUCUGUGGCAAGAUGUCACGAGUUUGAUGGGCUCUAUGUGUUAGUAGACGCUAAGACAAGGCAUGAGGCGUCGUAUUAUCAGUGAGUGGGAAUUACCCAUUCUCAAUUUUAUUUUUGGGGAAAGGGGUGCAGGGGCGCCAGCACGGUGUUCCUUACUGGUAAUUCUCGGUUUUGGCGUUUGCAGCGGGGAGCGAAAAGUGCUGAAACAUAUGUGUGGGCAACUCAAUCAACACACCUUCCUCUAGGCUCUGAACGUCCUUCUUGGAUAAAUGUAUAUAUUGGCGUAUCCACACUCCUCUGAGGGGUGAUAAGU